AUGAGAGAAACAAGUCUUGGAACCUUGGACUUUUUCAAGCAACCCGAUAAUGCAACUGAUGGUGAAAAGAAACAAAAACGUGCAAGGAAAAAACAGCUUAAAGAAUGUAAUAAGGAUAUCAAACAAUUCAACGCUACUAAAAAUCUAAAAGCUCCACUGGCGUAUAUGCGAGAUGCGAAAUCGAAAAAGUAUAAAAAAGUUGAACAAAAAUUAAACGUCAUCGAUUCUAUUCACGAUGAUUUGAUUAAAAAGAAGACGGAGAAAAUUUUCCAAAAACUAACGAAUGGCAAAAACACCGGCCACCGUUCAUUGAAGUGGGAUUCAGGCAUCCAAAAGUUCAAGGAACAACCAACAGAAACGGAAAUAAAUAAUGCUAGCCAGCUCCUUCGGAAACGUCCGUUGAACAUUUCAAUUUUCAAACUUAGCCAGUUCCAUCGAUUCACGGAUUCGAAGUACCUCAUUUCCAAACACCAUGAUGAGUAUUUGAAAAUGAAGAACGGGGAGAAAGUGUUCAUCACAGGGCAAAAACGACCGCUGAGUACGGCCAAAAGUCCAACCAUUGUAACAACUGCAAAACGACAGAAAACCGGUGAACAAUGUGAGCAAGCCGAUCGUACUACUCGAUAUGUUGGUGUGCUCUCGUCCAACGAUGAAAACAACUGUGUUAGUAAGGAUAACUUACUUUCAACUGAAUUCAACUGGCAGCACAUGGUUAAUAAUGAUCAAAUCUUGGAUUCAAGUGCAGAAGUCUCCGAGAACACUAUUUUUAUCAAUGACACUAUCGAUGAGUUUGAAAAUCAUGGAGAGUUCAACCUACUGGAGUUUAUUGACAGCUCUUAUGAAAAUGAGGAUUCAACUUCAGCACAAGUCGGUAAUCAUGUACGUGACGCCAAGCCUUCUAAGGAAAUCUAUCAGCAGGAAUUGGAGUUUCUCGAAAACCAAUUCAAGUUCUAA